GAGAAAUCUGCCCUUCCCCUCCCCUGGUGGCCAUCGCUGGAGACCAGUACCAGCUUCCCCAUCCCGGAGAAAGUCUAGAUUCCCAUUUUCCAGACGAGGAAACUGAGACCCAAAGAGUAACUUGCCCAAGGUCACCUCCAACAUGCAGACCCCUGCCAUGAUGUCUCUGCUGCUCGUGUCCAUGGGCCUCAUGGAAGCACUUCAGGCCCAGAGCCACCCCAUCACACGACGAGACCUCUUCUCUCGAGAAAUGCCCCUGGACAUGGCCCUGGCCUCCUUUGACGACCAGUAUGCUGGCUGUGCCGCAGCCAUGGCGGCGGCUCUCCCGGAUCUCAACCGCACGGAGUUCCAGGCCAACAAAGUGUACGCCGAUGUCUGGGCUCAGGCAAGCAGUCAGUGGCAGGAGCGCCAGGCCUGGGGGUCCAAGUGGGGCCUCAGCCCUACCCGUCUGUCCCCGCCCGCAGGCUUCCGAGAAGAGCACGGGGUGGCCCUCCUGGCCUACACAGCUAACAGCCCCCUGCACAAAGAAUUCAACGCGGCCGUGCGCGAGGCUGGCCGCUCCCGGCUCCACUACCUCCACCACUUCUCCUUCAAGACACUCCACUUCCUGCUGACUGAGGCCCUGCAGCUGCUGGGCAGGGGCCAGCGUCCACCCCAGUGCCGCCAGGUGUUCCGAGGGGUGCAGGGCCUACGCUUCCGGCCAGCAGGGCCCGGGGCCACCGUCAGGCUGGGGGGCUUUGCCUCUGCAUCCUUGCAGAAUGUUGCAGCCCAGCAGUUUGGGGAAGACACCUUCUUUGGCAUCUGGACCUGCCUCGGGGCCCCUAUCAAGGGCUACUCCUUUUUCCCUGGGGAGGAGGAGGUGCUGAUCCCUCCCUUCGAGACCUUCCAGGUGAUCAAUGCCAGCAGACCGGCCCAGGGCCCCACCCGCAUCUACCUCCGGGCCCUGGGCCAGCGCAGCACAUACAACUGUGAGUACAUCAAAGACAAGCAGUGCAAGUCAGGGCCCUGCUGUCUGGAUAACUCAGCCAUGGGUCAGGGCCCCCUGUCUGCAGUCUGGUCCCUUCUACUGCUGCUCUGGUUCCUUGUUGGAGAAGCCUUUCCAGAGAGUCCAGGACUCCUCUAAUCCAUCAGCCACUGAACAGCUCUGCCGUCACCUCUGCCCAACAUGAGGCUGUCAGCCGCAUGUAUGCUUUAAGCGUGCCCAAGAUCUGCGGUAAUUCCAUCUGGAGGGAACUCUGGGAUUUUCUCUGGCAGCUGCCAGGCUUGCUAGCGGGAAGAGGAAAAUGUAGGGACUGGGCCUCAUCCAGGGGUCUAGGAGUAAGACGGUGAAUAGAGGUGGGGGGACUGCAGGACAGGUAACCACUCACUUGGAGAUAGAAGAUUAAAGUCGUUUGGAGGUGGGGCGAUUGGGGAGAACAAUACUUGGCCACGGUAUUUGCUGAUACUACUCAAAUGCUUCCCAUGUACACCUGGACUGCUCCUAUUCGCUCCUCCAGGAAGCCUUCUCUGGCCUCUCCACCCUGCUGGGUUAGGGGCCCCGCCUCUGUGCUCCCAAAGGGCCAUGGUCUCCCAAGUCCAACUGUGAGCUUAUGAGGGCAGGGACGGCGUCCGAGGCACAGAGGUGGUGCCAGAAGAUGUGUGGAAGUCAGAAAGGAACAAAUAAAUACCUUGUGAAUGCUGGUUCCUGUACUGCCCCUACCUUGGGCACCUUCAAGCUCUCCGGAUGUCACUGUGUGGGAACAGGGUAGACUGGAUCUCAUUUUCUUGUCAGCAAAGAUGUAAUUUCUGCUCUGAUGCAUGAGUCCUAAGGUCCCUAAGAGGCUGGUCCCCAAGUUCCACCACCAUGGGCCCUAAAGAUAAGAGAGGACGUGGAGGAAGUGAUAGGCACACACUUUAUUAUCAGUCGGGGCUUUGGGGCCAAAUCCUUGUGUGGCCUCCUGCUCUGGAAACUGGACCAGGAAUCCUGAAUUCCCAGUUGCCAUCCCUGAGCCCCCAGGUAGGGACAGGCAAGACCAAGUCCCUGUAACAGCAGCCACAGAGGAAAGAAGAGAAGACAGGAAGUGUGGCAGUUCUGUUUGUACUACCUGCACUCUCCUCACUGAAAGCACUAACACUCAGCAUCGGAGUUCAGUUCUGUCCCUGCAGGACUGCCCUUUGAUCUUGACCCUUCUUAGAGUCCCUCCUCUGCAGGAAUCAGGGGAGCGGAAAGCUCUGGAUUUCCCUUGGAGGUUAGGGUACAGAGACAAUGAGUACUCCCUCUGGUGUGUGAAGUAAGUAGCGCUGAAGAGAGGAUGUCCCAGGCUCUGAGGGCCAGUGGAGAGAGACUGAGUGGCCUGAGGGCCAACCACCACCUGGCCUGGCCAUUCCAUCCCCG